AUGAGGACUUCUACUACUCAUGUCUUAUCUUUGCUACUCUAUUUCUUAUUGAUUUAUCAAAUGGUUUCAUUGACUAAUAACAAGAAUGGUGUAAAUGGUUCAGUACAUGAUGAUUGUAACAUGAUAUGGAGAAUAGGAGCAAUCAUUGAUCCAAUAUCCAGGUUGGGUAAAGAGCAAAAGGUAGCUAUGGAAAUGGCAGUUCAUGACUUUAAUGGCCAAAAUUCCAAAUGUUCAGAGUUAGUUUUCAACUUUGCUUAUUAUUCCCAUGGGAGCUCAAGUCCUGCUGCUUCCAUUGCAACAUAUCUUGUCAACAAGAAGCAAGUGCAUGCCAUCCUUGGACCAUUGACACAACAAGAAGCUGUUCUAUUUUCUGAAUUUGAUGAAUCGUACAAAGGCAUCCCCAUUAUUUCUUUAAGCCCAACAGCCACAUAUUCUCCUCAACUAGUUUUACGGCAAGAACCACCUUCACUUGUCCAAAUGAGUGACGAUGUUAAGUCCCAAAUGCAAUGCAUUGCUGCAUUAAUUGGCCAUUUCAAGUGGCGAAAAGUGAUAGCUUUAUAUGAAAUUAGUAACAGCUUCUCCAAUAUGGAUUCUGGACUUAUCACUCACCUCUCAGAUUCACUUAAAGUUGUUGACUCCUCUGUUGAAUAUCACUUGGCUUUUCCUCCUUUAUUCUCUGUUUCAAAUUCCAGGUUAUUCAUUCAGAAAGAGCUGGAGAAGUUAAAAACCAAGAAUGUUAAAGUUUUUGUGGUGAUACAGUCUUCUUUAGACUUUGGUUUGGUUCUUUUUGAGGUGGCAACAGAAAUGGGAAUGAUGGGGAAAGAUUAUGUAUGGAUUAUUUCAGACAAUAUGGCAAGUUUUCUUGACUCCGUUGAACCUUCUGUUUUACUGAAUAUGCAAGGUGUAAUUGGAUUUAAGUCAAAUGUUAACGACAAAAGUGAGUCUUUUAGACAGUUUAAUGCCAAAUUCAGGAGAAUGUACAGAUCAGAAUAUCCUGAAGAAGAAGAAGGAAGCCCAAGUCCUAGCUUUUAUGCACUUAAGGCUUAUGAUGCAACUUGGGCAAUUGCUAAGGCCAUGAAAAAUUUAACAAAAGUAAAAAGCAGUUCAAGUGAACUAGUGAAAACCAUUUUGUUGAGUGAUUUUGAAGGUUUAAGUGGGAAAGUUAGUUUCAAGAAUGGUGUAAUAUUCCAAAAGCCAAACUUUAAGAUCAUUAACGUGUUUGGCAAAAGUUAUAGAGAAGUGUCAUUUUGGUCACCAGAGUUUGGUUUUUUUAAUGACCUUGUUGAAUACAAUGGGGUGAAGUUGAAAAUUGGAAAUGGUUUAGGAGGGGAUUUGGAGUCAAUUUUGUGGCCAGGUGGUAAGCAAACUGUUCCAAAAGGGUGGGCUAUAGGAGGCCUAGAAAAAACACUCAAGAUUGGUGUACCUGCAAAGGGUGCAUUUAAUCAGUUUGUGACAGUGGAUUUUAACCAAGAGAGGAAUGAGACUAUAAUUGGUGGAUUUUCAGUUCAUGUUUUUGAAGCAGUUGUGAGGCAACUUCCUUACUAUUUGCCCUAUGUGCUUGUUCCCUUUUAUGGUACUUAUGAUGAAAUGGUGGUAGGAGUUUCUAACAAGAAUCUGGAUGCAGCAGUAGGUGAUACAGAAAUAAUGGCUGAUCGCUAUGAGUAUGCAGAAUUUUCACAACCCUAUAUUGACUCUGGACUGGUCAUGAUUGUGACUGAAAGACCAAUACUCAAAAAACCACAUUUUACUGUUAUAAAGGCAUUCAAGUUGAAGUUGUGGAUUCUGCUGGCAGUGAUGAGCAUGUCUACAGGGGUUGUCAUCUGGUUAAAUGAAUACGUAAAUAACAACCCUGACUUCAGUGGUUCUUUUCCUCAGCUUAUUGGAUCCAUGCUCUGGUUUUCAGUCACUGUUCUCUCUUUUUCCCAAAGAGAAUUGAUCAAAAGCAACCUAUCUCGACUUGUGCUAACAACAUGGUUAUGUGUAGUUGUGGUUGUCACAGCUUGCUUUACAGCAGUCCUUUCUUCUAUAAUGACAGUUCCUAGGCUGGAACCUUCUAUACUAGAUGUUGAUUAUCUUAUAAGGACCAAUGCUGCAGUUGGUUGCAAUGGCAAUUCAUUUAUUGUUCGUUAUCUGGUGAAUUCUUUGCAUUUGAAGCCUGAGAAUAUCAAGAAAAUCAGUUCAAUCAGUGACUAUCCUAAAGCUUUUGAAAAGGGAGAAAUUUCUGCUGCUUUCUUUGUAGCUCCACAUGCCAAAGUUUUCCUUUCAAAAUACUGCAAAGGUUACACCAAGUCUGGAUCUGUCUUUAAACUUGGUGGAUUUGGUUUUGUCUUUCCAAAGGGUUCUCCCUUAGCAGUUGAUAUCUCAGAAGCUGUUCUUAAAGUUUCACAGAGUGGAGAGAUAAAUCAAUUAGAAGAACAAAUGCUUAUUUCUUCAAAUUGCUCUUCUUCAUCAGCUAAGGAACAGGAUCCUGGAUUAGGACCCGAGUUGUUCUCAGGCCCAUUACUGAUUUCAGGUGUUAUUUGUGGAAUUGUACUUUUGAUCUCAAUCGCUCGUUUAGUCAGAAGACACUGGCUAAAUUUAAGCUCUACACUUGCAAAUUAUGCAAAUGUGGUUUACAUAUGGGCUUCUCUGGUUUUUACUCAGUGUUAUACAAUACUAGGAUUAAGAUUCUUUAAAGAUAGUAGCACUGUGAUUGAUCAAAGAUCAAACAAUCAACAGAAUGGUGAAAUCACAGAGGUAUUCUAAUGUGCCAAACACUGGAUUAGUAACAACAGCAAUUCACAAUUGCUAGUUGUCUACUUGUCUAAUAAAGUAAUCUUGUAAAUAUAUGAUUUUAGAGGCUCUAUUUUUCUAAUAUUUCAUUUAUUUGGAGUGAAAGGAGG